AUGGACGCGGCCUCUGCCUAUAAAGAGAGGGAAAGGCGAGCAGGGCAUCAGUCGCGGCUGACUCCUCCUAGCAACAAGUCUCUCUCCAUCGAGCGACUGUUGACUGUAGCGAAGAUGGGCGCUGCAAGAUGGAUUCAGGCCGCCAUUAUGGUGGUGGCAGUGGCAGUUUCCGCUGCAGCCAAGGGGGAGCAGGAGGAGGCGGACCUUAGAGUCGGCUUCCUUCAAGGCCCGCAGGAGGUCGACGUUCUCUUGCCAAUGGAGAGCCAACAGGUCUCCGUGGUCGCUGCGACAGACCUUCAGCCUUCCGCCACUGGUUACGGAGGUGGAAAAGGUCACAAGGCCGACAAGGGAUAUAAGGGCUCGUACCACGACAAGGCCGGCUAUAAGGGUCACAAGGGGCAUAAAGCCAACAAGGGCUACAAAGGCAGCCACUACGGCGACCAUGGAAAGGCCCACUACAAGGGAUACAAGGGCAACAACGGCAAGAAGUACAAGGGGCAUCACGACAAGCACAAGUAUUACGGUGAUUCUCACAAAGGCAAAAAGGGCAAGAAAGGUCACCACUACGGAUCCAAGGGUCACCACAACAAAGGUCACAAAGACAAGGGCUUCAAGAACGUCUACCACAAGGAGGAGUACCACCACAACAAGAAGUUCUACGACGACAGCGACAAGAAGAAGUACCACAGCAAAUACGACGACUUCGACGCCUACUUCAAGGGCCACAAGGGCAAGGACUACAAGGGAGGCCACUACAAGGGAGGACAUCACCACGACAAGCACGGCCACAAGGGGCACCACGAGAAGGGCAAGUACCACGAUGACCACAAGGGCCACAAAGGCCACUACGGCGACAAAGGCCACUACGGACACAAGAGUUCCUACGGCAAGAAGGGAGGACACAAGGGGUCGUAUGGCCAUGACGACCACAAGGGAUAUGGCCAUGACGACCACAAGGGAUAUGGCCAUGACGACCACAAAGGAUAUGGCCAUGAUGACCACGGCCAUGGUGGAUAUGGCCAUGAUGACCACGGUCAUGGUGGAUAUGGUCACGACGACCACGGCCAUGGCGGCGGAUAUGGCCACGACGAUCACGGUCAUGGCGGCGGAUAUGGCCACGACGACCACGGCCAUGGCGGCGGAUAUGGCCACGACGACCACGGCCAUGGCGGCGGAUAUGGCCACGACGACCACGGCCAUGGCGGCGGAUAUGGCCACGACGACCACGGCCAUGGCGGCGGAUAUGGCCAUGAUGACCAUGGUCAUGGCGGUGGAUAUGGCCACGACGACCACGGCGGGUACGGUUCUCACUCGAAAAUCAAGCCAGUCGUUGCCUCGCCCGCCCCCGCCAACGGCGCCACAGCGAUUCCUUCCUCAAACCACAAAGUUUCUAGUCAAUCUUUUGAGGAAUUUGGAGAUUUUGCCAAGUUCUCAAAAGUCAGUGCUUGA